AGUGAAGAGAGAAUUAGCGCAGCAAACAAAAAAAAACUGCAGGUGAUUUUUGGCUCUGAUGGCGUUCCGUACUCAAGACUUCUGCAUUGACUCUCAGCGAUGUGAACGUGGCUUCAGCUGUUGUCAUGAUCGGAGACGCCGCGCACAUUUUCCCAGCAGAAGAUGGUUUGUUUGAGGAGACGUUCAGCACAGAUAACACAUACAGGGUUCACGGACUGAACAUCACGAUUCACCAGGAUUACAGCGCGAGCCUGGGCGUCGCUGCGUCAGUCUGGGACUCCGCUCUGCAUUUAUGUCAGUUCUUUGAGAACGAGUCUCUGGAUCUCAGCGGGACGCGGAUCAUAGAGUUGGGUGGAGGAACAGGACUGGUUGGCAUAGUGGCUGCACGAUUAGGAGCCCAUGUGACCAUCACAGACUUACCUUCUGCUGUUUCUCAGAUAGAGAGGAACAUUGCAGCGAAUACGCCUUUCUCAGGAUGGCCCUCAGACGGCCCCUCUGUGUCAGCGCUGGCGUGGGGCCUGGACCACAGCCGAUUCUCCUCCAGCUGGGACUUUGUGCUGGGCGCUGAUAUCGUCUAUCUGCCUGAAACCUUCCCUCUUCUCUUGGACACACUGGUUCAUCUGUGCCGGGACGGGGCUGUUGUCUACCUGGCGUCAACGAUGCGCAGAGAACACGGCGCUCAGGACUUCUACGACCACAUGUUACCGCAAAUGUUCAGCGUGGAGCUUGUGCAAAGAGAUCCUGAGAACAAUAUCAAUAUUUAUAAAGCCACUUUGAGAUGAGCCGUCCAUCCAUCCUCCAAACCGCAUGUCUUGUGUAGCGUAUCAGAGUCUAUUUUUACAUCUGGAGCUGGGAGGUUUGAAUAUGUACUAUAAACGUAUUUAUAAAUACCAGUUAUGUGGCAAAUUGUACACUUCAGUGAAAUUGUUGUUUUCCAUUAAAUGUUUAUAAUGAAAUGUUAAUUGUAACUAACUGACAGUAUUGAGGAGUAACAGAAUACAUAUAAUGCCAUUAUGUAUUUAUAAUACAAAAUAUUCCUUUAUAGUUGCAAUUUUAAUCAUUUGUAAUCCCAUUACCGUUACAUUAAACAUGUAGAUUACUUAACAGGUUACCAUACAUUUCAUUGCCAGUUUACUCUGUGAAAUGAAUCCAUUGAUGUCUGAGGAGUGUUUUAGUGAACUUCUUGCUUAUAAUGUACAUUACUGUCAUGUAGCAUGCAGUGGCAGAGAUAAGAACUGAAGCCUAGUAAAAACAUGAAAAAAAAGAAAGUUUUCAACUUGUAAAGAGGAGUUUGUGAA